UAACACAUUCGCCGAUUCCAAGCUUUGCCGCGUUGUGGAAGGAAAACGCCAACUUUUAUCCGCUGGCAAACGCUGGUGCACGUUUUCGGAAUGAGCGACGAGCAGUUCGGCUGGGAUGGUUGAAGACGAUUGUUGAUCAUUCUUCAGAAGAUAUUGACGGCGGGGCAGCUCCAAACCCAAAAUGUUCAGCAACCAACCUGAAGAGUCUCCGCGAACUCCAAACCCAGCGGGUGCCAAAAGGUCCCUCUGGGAGGAGGUUUGUGCCGAGUUUGAAGCCGGGCUGCCUUGCCCCCCCAGCGGCGUCCGCAGCGCUUCGGAACCUUCCAAAGACAGCAGCACGUCGCACACUGCCAAGGCGUGGAUGGACGAGGAGGAGGAGGAGGAGAACUCGCUCCUGCUGGACCUGGACCCGCUCCUGCACCACCCCGCCCACGCCGGAUUCUCCGUCUUUGGGGUGGAGCCUCCCCUGAGCCACAAAAAAGGAAGUCAGCCUCCUUUUUGUCCGGAAGCGUUUCAGCAUCCGGUCACGCAGUACAUGGAGGAGAAGCUUUUCCCCGUGCUGGUGCCCGCGGUCGAGGCUGUUCUGAAGGAAGCCGAGAAGCAAGGCUGUUUGCAGAAGAAAGUCAUCACCUUUAACCCCAUCGACUUCCUGGUGGAGUGGCUGUACAAUCACAACCCCCGCAGGCAAGGUCAACCCCACCGACAAUUCAACAACAUCCCCUUCGUCCGAGCCUGGCUGAGCAUGCAUCCGAGGCCUCCGGUUCCGCUCUUUCUGCAGCUGAGCGACGAGCAGGCGGCGUUGAUCAUCCAGGCCUUCUGGAGGGGCUACAAGGUCAGGGCACAGCCGCACGUGCAGGAACUGCGCCAGUGGCAAAAGAACCUGCGGGAAACCCGCGACAUUCCCAAGGCCGUCUCGGAAUUCUGGACUCGGAUCGAGAAGCGAGUGGGGGCGGCCAUGGCCGAGACCACGGAAAGAACAGAAUCCGAGAAUUCCGACUCGUGCAUCUCCGUGCUGUCCCCGACGCCGCUGAGCACGGCUUUGCCCACGCCCGCGAUCACCCCGGACGGCGGAGAGCGCCCGGUGCCCGGCCUGCCCGCCGCGGAUGAGCAGACCUACACGGCGUCCGCGUCCAGGUCCUCAAUCACGCUGUCGCCAACUUAAAGGAGACUUGGGAGCUGUGUCAGAAAAGUUCCAGGACUGGCGUCACCCAACCCGGACUACCAGUUUACCCCUUCCGUGUGGGCCGGUCGAUUCGCCGGCAAGAGAUUCUGCCCCCAAGGUUUGUGGCAGCUUCACCGUCUCAGUGACCCGAGCAUCUGACAGUUCCUGGCCGAGGAGAACCUUCCUCGUCGAGCCGUUUAGAAGCAGCGGAUGACUUCAAGAGGCCUGUGGUGAUGAGUACUUUUUUUUUUUUUUUUGGUGGUGGUGGUGGUCCGGUUUGGGUUGGGGGAGGUCUGUGGGAGGGGGGUUAAAGGCUAACAAAAUAAGUGAAACUCCAGGGGGAAACUUGGAGUUUGGAUUUGAAAGGGAUCAUUUGCCACGUUAGUCCUGGGACUUUUCUGACAAACCUCACGCUGAACUCUUCUUGGAAAGGGCUCACAAUGUUCUUCACCUCAUGAAAUUACUCAUACAUCCAAUUUAUGACCUGCUGAGUCAUAUUUUCCAUUUCAGAGCUUUUUUUUUUUUUUGGGGGGGGGGGGGGGGAACAGCAAGUUGUGCAACAAGUGCUGAAACAUUGAACAUCUGGACCUUCCAACGCUUCGAGAAUGUUCAACCCAAAUUUUGGGCUCAUUGUGAAAUUUGACCCCAAAUCUUCCACGUUUUGGGAGUGGCGCAUGUUUUUCAAACGCAAAAUGGCCGACGAGCCAAAAACGGCUUCCUGAAGUCGGCAUCGACGUUAACAGCCGCGUUCAUUUUCGCGUCGCCGUUAAAAAUCUUGUCGGCAAUCGAACGCAGCCGAGCGGGAUUCACGCGCCGGCAUGCGCGGCUAAUCGUGCGAUCGCUUCCUUUGCGGGUCGCCGUGCGCUCGUUUUGUCGAGCAACGUUUUUUGUCCGUGGAAGAAGGGGGGGGGGGGAAUUCUUCCAUUGAGGCCAGGAAGCGAGAGCGAAGGGAAAGGGAGACGCCGCCGUGGACCUUCAGGAAAUGAGCCGACCGGGGAAGCAGCUGAUAAAGACAAACUUUUUUUUUUUUUUUUUUCCUCAUAUUUUUGGCAGCUCACGUUUUCCUUGCAUGAUAUGAAACGGCACGGUGUGGCCACUUUUAAUCUUUUUUUAAAUUACCAAACAGUAGACUUUUUGGCAGCCUUUCUGCUCCAAAACCAGAAGCCAUAUAUGCUUCCUCGUCAUAAUAAUAAUGUAGUCGUUUCUGUCGCCGUUGUUAGCAGCAAACAGCGUCAUGGCGAUAAUAAUUUUCCCCUCUCACGAAAGCGCUCUUGGAAACACUGAAAUGAUGGGGUUGUCAGAUUUUGCUUUUUAUCGUUGCAUGUUGAGUAAAGUUAUGUUUGUUUGUUUGUUUGUUU